CGUUCACACCAAACACGAUAGACGCGAGCGAAAAUGCCCCAAACACCCCUAAUUUGACGCGUGCACAUUCGCACCUCAACGCGUGUCCAAGAAAAAUCCAUAUGCAAUUUUGAUGCGCGUGAACUGGAAAUGUGGGAGGAAUGUGGGAGGAAGUUGUGCCAGACGGUAUCUUUGCAAGAUGGCAGCUGUCGAGCUAGAGCUUGAAGAGAGAGUCAACCUUCUCUAUUUACUGUGGAGAGCAGAGCAGCGGCGUAAAAGACGUCUUCGCCGUACCUGGGUCCAUCAGGUCCUCCAGAGGCGUGAGCAGUUUGGUGAGUUUCACCAUUUGCUCCAGGAGCCGCGCCUGGAUGACGGCCGAUUCCAGCGAUACCACCGUCUUUCACUCGGCCAGUUUGAGGACCUGCUUUCCCGCAUCGGUCCCAGAAUCGCCCGCCUAGACACCAACUACAGGCGCUGAAUCCCACCUGCAGAGCGCCUGUCCAUCUGCCUGAGGUUCCUUGCUACCGGGGACUCCUUCAGGACCAUCGCAUUCAGUUUUCGAGUUGGUGUGUCCACAGUGAGCCAGAUCAUCCCCCAGGUAGCGACGGCCAUCUGGGACUGUCUAGUGGAUAAUUUCAUGGCUGUGCCUUCAACUGCAGACUGGUGGUCCAUUGCAGAGGGAUUCCAGGAGCGCUGGCACUUCCCUCUCUGCUGUGGAGCUCUGGAUGGGAAGCACGUCCAGACGAAGGCACCCCCCAACUCAGGAUCCAUGUUCCACAACUACAAGGGAACUUUUUCCAUUGUUCUCCUUGCGGUUGUAGAUGCAAGGUAUCGCUUCUGCGUUAUUGAUGUUAGGGGGUACGGGAGGACCAGCGACGGUGGUAUUCUGGCCAACUCCACCUUUGGUCAGGCUCUUCGGGCUGGGACUCUCUAUCUGCCUCCUGACCAGCCUCUACCUGGUGAAGAACACCGUGGAGCCCAGCCCCAUGUCUUUGUGGCUGAUGAAGCGUUCCCGCUGCGGCGUGAGCUCAUGAGGCCUUUCCCUGGACGCCUCCUCCCUUUAGAGAAGAGGAUCUUUAACUAUCGCCUUUCCAGGGCCAGGAUGAUAGUGGAGGGUGCCUUCGGUGUCCUCUCCUCACAGUGGAGAUUGUAUCGGCGCUCCAUGGAGCUCCGUCCUGAAAUUGCGGAGAAGUGUGUGAAGGCAACGUGCGUUCUCCACAAUUUUCUGCGCUGUUGGGACGAGAGAGGGGCACCUGCUGUGAGGGGUGUGGCACCUGCUGUGGUGGAGCCGUUGCAAGGCCUGGGUCGUGUAGCAGCAAACAACUCCUCCAGAGAGGCUGUCCUGGUGAGGGAGAAAUUCAUGGCCCACUUCUCGGCGGAGGGAGCUGUGUCUUGGCAACCAAAGGAGUAGCCUGUUUGAAGUCCGAGUGACUUCCCCACAACGGCUCUUUUAGCCACCCACAAACCUCUAAAGAGUGUUCCUGUCUUUUUAAAUUUUUCUUAAUAAAUGGAGCUCUACUCCAAAAUAAACUAACCUCUUUUUACUCUCCUAAGUAACUUGUCUUCACUAUGUUCCUAUAUACAGUGUGAUGCAAAAGUUUGGGCAACCUUAUUAAUAAUAGUCAUUAUUUUCCUGUAUGAAUCGCUGUUACAGUGAAAAGUGUCACUUGCAUAUAUCAUAUAGGAGACACACACAUUAAUAU